GCAGAAGUGUUUAAUUGAAAAAAAAAAAAAAUUAAUAAAAAAAAAUACGUUUAAAUAUUCUCCUAAGCAGGUUUUUGGACUUUGCAAGACUUAAAGACGUUUGAAAUUUUUAACGGUUUUUUUUGGAGUAAUAGGAUAUUGAACAUCAUGCAUUCAGAGCUCCCAGUUUUUAAAAGAUGCUGCUGUUGUUUUCCACUUCGUUAUGGUUUGCUAGUAUGGGGAUACAUCAAAUUGGCAAUUGCUGCCCUCUUAAUAGUGUCGAUUGCAAUGGUAAUAAGGUCCUUAACGAUGGCAUAUCAUGUUUACGGACUACAUGAAAGAGUGUUCACAUUCAGACUGACUGUGUUUAUCAUUUUCUUGUUCCUGGUCACGUUGGAUUUCGCGUUAAGCACCGUUUUCAUCGUUGGAGGACAUAAGAAAAAUCUGAAACUGCUAACUGUGUACUAUUACUACAGUAUCGGUGUAUGGAUCCUGAGCAUUUUGUUCUCAUUAUUCAUAAUCAGUACUUACUUCAUCUACAGAGGGCCAUACCGAAGUACAUCGUUUUAUGCGGUGGCAGACAAUAUCUUGGAGUGUUCGAGUCAUUUUGUUAGUAUGGUAUCACAAGGCUACUUCUUGCUUCUACUUAGGAGUGAAAUGCUGAAGCUAAAAAGCAAUUGCGAAUUCAGAUUCGUGAACAAUGCAGCUCAGUCUGAAUGCAAGAUGAAUUGCAGUAAAGGAAAAGAUACUUUGGGCGAGAAUAAUGGAGUGGGAUGCACAGCAGAGUGCCACAGAGUCAUCAGCGACGUAUAAUUUAAAAAAAGUUUAUUAUAUCUUUUGAUUAAGGAAAAUUCUCCGGUACAGGGGGUCUAUUAUCAACUCAUUAAGCGUGUGUUUAGCAUUUCGAGAGAGAGAAGAAAAAAUGUCAAGAAAAGAGAGUAGAGAUGUUAUAUUUCUCCGAAUGCUAAUAUGGAUUUAUUUAGGGUUUAAUUUAUUGAUGUAUUGGUUAUUCCCAAUGUAUGGAAGUGAAAAGUCAUAAUCACGUUUAUCGAAAGGGAAUGUCAUUUUCGUGUGUGUUUUCAGUCUAUUCUAAUGCGAUGGACGACUGGCCUUAAUAAUGCUAUGAGAGGUGGUGAUAGGCCCCCAAAUCAUACUUAAAUGGUUUUUGCCGUUCUUAUUUUAGCUCUUUAAUAUGAUACUGAUGUAAGAUUCUUUGUGAUUUGAUUUUUGUUUUCAUAUGUAAGAUAAUACUAAAAUUGAUGAGAGAAUCGUAUGGUUAAACUGUAGGCAACGUAGAGUAUUUUUAUUACACAUUUUAUAAAGAAGA